AUGGCUCAUUGCGGAGCCAUUGCGGGCUGGCCUGAAGAUGAUGCUAUUCAGUCCAAUCCUGAAGGGAAGAUGAUGCAGAGCAUAGGAUUCUUUUCUCUCUCUCAUACACUUACAGAAAUGUCUUUGUAUUCGAAUUCAAUCCUUAGUUCAUUUCUUUUUCCUUAUCCUAAAAAACAAGUUUCAAAAACCGUGAAGUUUAGCCACAUUGCUCUUAAGUCUACCUUUAGUCCUGAAAAUUUGACGAUUAAUCAUGAAAAUACUUUAAUUUCUAUUCCAUCAAAUCAACUUCUCUUUGUAAUUGCUGAACGUGACACCACUCACGAUGAUUUUAGCAUUGAGAAUGAGAAAAAGAUUAGGGCAUGCAAGCAUAUGCUAAUGAAAGUCCACGAAGAUGAAGUUUUGGGCAUGAUCGAUGCUAUCCAACGCCUUGGUAUUGAGUAUCAUUUUGAAGAUGAGAUUGAUUCAAUUUUACAAAGGCAAAAUAAAUUUUAUCAUCAAACAAAUGAUCUUCGUAAUCUUGCCCUUCGAUUUCGACUCUUGAGACAACAUGGCUACUAUGUGUCUUCCGGAGUGUUUGAUAAGCUCAAAGACAAAGAAAAGUUCGAUCAAAAACUCAGUGAUGACAUUAAAGUAUUAAUGGAAUUAUAUGAAGCUUCACAACUGAGUAUUAAAGGAGAAGAUUUGGUUGAUGAAAUUGGAGACUACAGUUACCAGCUUCUAAAUGCAUGGAUGAUCACAUGUGUGGAUAAUUCUCAAGCUAAACUUGUACAGAAUACACUGGAUCACCCGCAUCACAAAAGCUUCGCUAGAUUUAUGGCACAAAACUACAUGGUGGGAACUAAUGAAAAUGGGUGGAUGAAAGAAUUGCAAGAACUUGCUAGAUUUGAUUUUAGAAUGGUUCGAUCAAAAUACCAAGAAGAAGUUCUACAAAUAUCAAGGUGGUGGGAAGACCUAGGUAUAUCCGAAGAGCUGAAAUUUGCAAGAAACCAGCCACUUAAAUGGCACAUAUGGUCCAUGGCAACUCUUACGAAUCCAAGCUUGUCGGAACAAAGAAUCGAUCUCACAAAGUCUAUAUCUUUCAUCUACAUGAUUGAUGAUAUUUUUGAUGUUCAUGGCACGCUUGAUGAACUCAUAUUAUUCACAAAUGUUGUCGAUAGAUGGGACAUCGAUGCGGCAGAAAGACUACCAAACUACAUGAGAAUAUGCUUUAAUGCGCUCCACAACAUCACAAAUGAAAUUGCCAACAAGGUCUAUGAAAAGCAUGGCCGGAAUCCGAUAGAAUCGCUACGAAAAUCGUGGAAUAAUUUGUGCAAGGCGUUUUUAGUAGAAGCAAGAUGGUUUGCUUGUGGCAGAGUGCCAAAUGCUGAAGAAUAUUUGGAAAAUGGAAUAGUGAGUUCAAGUGUAUAUGUGAUGCUAGUUCAUGUUUUCUAUUUACUGGGUCAAAGGGUGACUCCGAAAGCUGUGGAAUUGAUCGACGAUAAUCCAAUCAUAAUGUCUUCUGCAGCUAUAAUUUUUCGGCUUUGGGAUGAUUUGGGCAGUGCUAAGGAUGAAGAUCAGGACGGUAAUGAUGGAUCAUACGUGGAAUAUUACAUGAAAGAAAACGCAGGAUGUUCAUUAGAAAAUGCAAAAAAACAUGUUACUAAGAUGAUUUCAGACGCAUGGAAAAUAUUGAACCAAGAAUGUCUAUUGCAAGAUCAAUUUUCACCAACUUUUAAAAAGUCAUGCCUGAAUCUUGCAAGAAUGGUUCCUCUGAUGUACAACUAUGAUGACCAUCAACGCCUUCCCCUUCUUGAACAUCAUGUCAAGUCUCUUUUUUCAAUGGCGGAACCAUAAUCUUAAUUUAGGAUAUUAAAAAAGUUUGUCUUUUGGUUAUUUGUUAUAGGAGCUAAAC